AUGCUCCCGACCAGCACGCUCUUGGCGACGAUGCAGCGCCGCCCGGCGCCCGUGACGUUUGAAAAGGAGACGGACGCGGCGCUGACUGUGCCGCCGCAGACAAGCGGCGUCUUUGCGUCCAAUAUCGUGCGCUGCUCGCUGAAGAUGGACACCAAGGUCACGCAAGUCACGGUGACAGCAUCGUCCGAGAUCGACAUUGCCUUUGUGUCGGUCAUCUCGAGCCUCGAGCUCGUGCGCUGCCAUGGCGUCCGCGCGGCGUUCACCGGCACGUGCCGCACGAUCGUCGUGGACGCGUGCGACAAUGUGAUGCUGGUCGUGCCCGCGGAGUCGACCGUGCGUGUCGUGAGCAGCGCCAGCACGCGUGUCCGUAUUGUCACCAGCGCCACCCAAGACGCGUAUUGCGUGCCCGACCUCGACCUCCAAACGCUCGAGACCUGCAUCGCGCCGUAUGGCCGACCCGACUACCCGGACUUUUUGUACUACCAUCCGUGCCAAUCAACGCAGCUGAUUGACCUCGCCGAAGUGUCGCCGCUCUGGCGUGACAUCUGGUCGCAUUGGCACAAGCUCCCGUGGACGCUCAAGUCCUACACGGCCCCGACGGCGCUGCAACAUCUGGCCGACCUGGUUGACACCCCGAUCUGGCUCCAAGUGCUCCCGACGUUUCAUGUGACUCGCCCGGUGACCCAAGAGAUGUGCCUCGCCGUGAAGCUCGGGUACCACCGCCCGUUCUACGCCGCGGUUGCUGCCUCAGACCUCCGCACGCUGCGCUCGUUCAUGUCCGCCAGCGGCGAGUGGCCGACACUCCCGCAAUUUACGGCGUUGGUGAACGGCCGCGUCGCAGGUUCCGACGCGCCCCGACCCGUGUCGCUCGCCGUGCUCUACAAGGACAUCACGCACAUUUGGCAAGCCGCGUGCCUCGCCUCGGGCGCCACCGGGGACGGCGCCCCACGCUAUUGUACGCUCAACCGCGUCGACUAG